AUGCCGCGACCAGCCUUUACCAGCAAACUCUCGCUCCCCCAUCGCCUCAAGCAGCAGUCGAGCUACACCAACGGCGCCAAUUCUACCCCAACCUCAGUCCCCGCCAGCCGCAACGGCAGCCCCAAACUGCGCGCCAUGAACGAGCAGCCCACGCCCGGCCUUGUCCUGAGGGCCAAUGUCAUCAAAGGCAGAGACCUCGCUGCAAAGGACCGCAGCGGCACCUCGGACCCCUACCUCGUCCUCUCCCUCGGCGACGAGAAAUUCACCACGCCCACGAUAAACAAGCAGCUGAACCCGGAAUGGAACGAGACGCUCGAACUGCCCAUCGUCGGCGAGCAGAGCCUCCUGCUCGAGGUCGUCUGCUGGGACAAGGACCGCUUUGGGAAGGACUACAUGGGCGAGUUUGACGUCAUACUCGAGGAGCAGUUCCAGAACGGCCUCACCAAGCAGGAGCCGCAAUGGUUCCCGCUGCAGUCGCGGCGCUCCGGCAAGAAGAAGUCUGUCGUCUCCGGCGAGAUCCAGAUCCAGUUUUCCCUCAUCGACCCCCUCAACCUCGCCGCCACGCCCGAGCAGAUCCUCCAGAAGUUCUACGCCAUCGCUGGACAGACACCGAGCCCCGACGAAGACGACGAAGACCUCCUAGAGCGCGGCGACAGCAACCUCACCGAUGCCGAAGACGACGAAUCGAGCUCAGACGAGGCCCAGGACGAAUCCAAGAAGGCCGAGAAGCGGGAGAAGCGGCGGAAGAAGCUCAAGCUGGCCAGGCUUAGGAGGAAGGUCAAGGGUAAGAAGGCCUACGAAUACUCCAGUACGGGAGACAUAGCUGGUGUGCUCUUCCUGGAGAUCCAGAAGUGCACCGAUCUGCCCCCACAACGCAAUGUGACCAGAACCACCUUCGACAUGGACCCCUUCGUCGUAACCUCCCUCGGAAAGAAGACGUACCGUACCAAGACCAUCAGCCACAACCUCAACCCCGUCUUCGACGAGAAACUCAUCUUCCAAGUCUUACGGCAUGAGACCAAUUAUUCUGUCAACUUCACUGUCAUCGACAAGGACAAGUUCUCGGGCAACGACUAUGUCGGCACUGUCAACUUCCCAAUCGAAAAGGCCGUUUCCACAGCCCCACAGGAAGACCCAGAGACAGGACUCUACAGACUACCGGAGCCAUCAGACUCUCCUGGUAUCUCUCCCUCUGAUUCGGGCAGUUCUAAGAAAUCCCGCUUCCGCCUUCCCAUCUCUCGUUCUGCUUCAACCAACAGUCUAUCUCGUCUAGGCCGGCCGUCUCUGAAGAAGGAAACCUCGACAGGUUCACUAUCUGCGCAAGAAUCCAACGCGGCUCUGGGUGCUCCGCCAAACGCUGCAGCCGACUCCAACGGAAACCUUGCUGUCGCUGGCGAUGUCAAUAUCAACCCGUCCUCUGUAGAUGAUGAGGAUCUGAAGAUGUAUACUCUGCCAUUGGAGCUGAAGGACAAAGAGCGCUGGGGCAACAAGCACAACUCUACUCUCUACAUUCGCGCAAAGUAUCUCCCAUACAAGGCCCUCCGACAGCAAUUUUGGAGAGCUAUGCUCAAGCAGUAUGACGCCGAUGAGAGUGGCCUCUUAGACAAAGUGGAAUUGACCACCAUGCUUGACACGUUAGGCUCCACCCUGCAUGAGUCGACUAUCGACAGCUUUUUCGAGCGGUUUGCGGAUGCUCACAAUGGAGACCUUCUGCUUACGUUCGACGAAGCUGUCAUCUGCCUCGAAGACCAGCUCCAGGCCACGGAGGCCAGAGACUCCCGAAAGAACGGUCUCGCAUCGGGCACGCAGACUCCCUCGUUAGCAUCCGGAAUGCUCACACCCAUCAACCAGGACAGCUCGACAACAUCCAUUCCAGUACUUGAAACAAACACACUAGGAAAGGAGGGCGAGGAAGGCGACAACAUCCAGAUUGAUGAUCUCGCAGACGAAAAGGGAGAAGAACAUGUUAUCGAGAUCCGUGAAUGCCCCAUCUGCCAUCAACCAAAGUUGAACAAGAGGUCCGAUGCUAAUAUCAUUACACACAUUGCUACAUGCGCAAGUCAAGAUUGGAGACAAGUUAAUAACAUUGUCAUGGCUGGAUUUGUCACUUCGAGUCAGGCCCAGCGCAAGUGGUACUCCAAGGUUAUUACCAAGAUCUCAUACGGCGGAUACAAACUAGGCGCAAAUUCGGCCAACAUCCUUGUCCAAGAUCGCCUUACAGGGCAGAUCAACGAAGAGCGCAUGAGCGUGUACGUCCGACUGGGUAUUAGAUUGCUGUACAAGGGCCUCAAAUCGAACAGCAUGGAAAAGAAGCGAAUUCGCAAACUACUCAAGUCCCUCAGUUUCAAACAGGGAAGGAAGUACGACGAUCCUGCUUCAGCCUCGGAAAUCCUACCCUUCAUCAACUUCCAUCAGCUUGACAUGUCUGAGGUGUUAUUGCCAACAGACCAAUUCAAGAACUUUAACGAGUUCUUCUACAGAGCAUUGAAGCCUGGUGCGCGUCCGUGCUCUGCGCCAGAUGAUCCCAGGGUCAUCGUCUCCCCCUCCGACUGCCGAACUGUGGUCUUCAACACGAUCGACUCAGCACAGGCUAUCUGGGUCAAGGGUCGCGACUUCACUGUCGAGCGGCUGCUUGGUGAUGCAUACCCUGAGGACGCAAAGCGCUACCACGGUGGUUCUCUUGGUAUCUUCCGGCUCGCGCCGCAAGACUACCAUCGAUUCCACAUUCCUGUUGACGGUGUCAUGGAUGAACCGAAGACGAUUGAGGGAGAAUACUACACUGUCAACCCAAUGGCUAUUCGCUCAGCCCUGGACGUCUACGGCGAGAACGUGCGCGUUGUAGUACCCAUUGACUCUGUCGCCCAUGGGCGUGUCAUGGUCAUCUGCAUCGGUGCCAUGAUGGUAGGUAGCACCGUCAUUACGCGCAAGAAGGGUGAGCACGUGAAGCGUGCCGAAGAGCUGGGGUACUUCAAAUUCGGUGGAAGCACGUUGCUGCUUCUCUUUGAGCCAGGUCAGAUGCGAUACGACGAGGACCUCGUAGACAAUUCGAACGCGGCUCUCGAGACUCUUAUUCGCGUCGGCAUGUCCAUCGGCCAUAGCCCCAACAGACCAGCUCAUGUUCCCGACAUGCGCAAGAACAACCCCACCAAUGAAGAGAAGCAGGACGCGAAACGCCGCAUUGAGGGCAGCUUUGCACCGCCGGGCGUGAAAGGACCCAUGCCUGGAGCUGGGAUGUAG